UGAAAAGAAAAUAUAAAUAAAAACAAAAACACGAGAAAUCAAAUAUAUAAAUUCGACACAAGUAAAGCAAACAGAAGUGGAAAUGGAACCCAUGUGUGCAGUUUGCGAGACUAACGAGAAGAAAUAUAAGUGCAAAACCUGUGAAGUGCCUUACUGUUCCCUUCCAUGCUACAAAAAACACCAAGAAUCGCCCUGCGAACCUCGAAUCAAUGACCGACCCUCGAACGAUCUUCGCAAAUCAGCCAGAGAACCGCUAUUUGCUACGGCCGACACUGUCGAUCCAGAAAAACUCGAACAACUAAGAAAUUCGGAAGCUCUGAAGAACCUUUUGUACAACCCCCAUUUGCGAAAGCUUCUGGAAGAGAUCGAUAGCGCACCGAACGGAAUGAAGGCUAUACGGGUCGGCAUGAUGGAGCCGUUGUUUGUGGAAUUUGCCGACGAAUGCAUGAAGCUGGUGGAACCUCCCACGGGAACGAAUAACGAAACGACGUGACAUAUUUGUUAAAAGACUCACCCUCACAAAACUUUGUUUAUUUUUCAACUAAAUAUACCUUUGUACAAAUAACUAAUACUAAACUAA